UACUUUCACUUUUCUUAUAAAUAAACCAAUAGCUUUUAUUUAAGAAGAACAUGUGCUGUCCUUUAUAUUUUUGUAACCAAUCAAUGGACAUAUUUCUAUCGAAUUGCUGAUAUUUGAGCUUUAAUGUGUUAAAUAUUUACUAAGUAGUCAUUACCAUUUACAAAUCAUUCUUGCGGCGUUCGCCACGCCGACAACAGUUUUGUACUUUAAAAAAUUAAAUAACGAAGAUGUUCAGUAACAAUACCUUGUAACUGAAAGUGUAGUAAUUACUUAAAUCUGGAUACAAUUUUAAUGAUGGGCAUGGAAAAGCAACAUAGUAUGGAGGACGAAAAUUCGGAAUAUCUUUAUCAUCCAGAUAUACUUAAAAAAUUGGAUUUUGGCAAGAGCCCAGCCAAAUUCAAUCCCUUCAUCAGUGCAGCUCAUCCAGGAGAAGAUUGGAUGGUUGUGAGACCACUUCAAAGAGCUGACUAUGAUAAGGGAUUUCUCCAGCUUCUCAGUCAGUUAACCAGUACUGGUAGCAUAUCACGGAAGCAAUUUGAUGAACGUUUUACACAGAUGAAAAGCGCUGGCGGAUAUUACGUGACAGUUAUAGAGGACAAGCGUAUUUCAAAAAUAAUUGGAGCUGCAACACUAACAAUAGAACAAAAAUUUAUUCAUAAUUGCUCUGUGAGAGGCCGCUUAGAGGAUGUAGUUGUGAAUGACACUUAUCGGGGAAAACAAUUAGGAAAACUAAUUGUAGUGACUGUAUCAUUACUGGCACAAGAACUGGGUUGUUAUAAGAUGUCAUUAGACUGUAAAGACAAACUGAUCAAGUUCUAUGAAAGCCUCGGUUAUAAACUUGAGCCCGGUAACUCUAACGCUAUGAAUAUGAGAUUUGAAGAACCAUCCUGACAAUUAGCCGCUGGGACAUCCGAUCUGCGCUCCAAACUGUAAGUAACACGGCCAGCCGAGCGGUCAUCGCGAGUCAUACAUCAAACCAUCGUAACGGGUACAUUGUGUGAACCAUCCAUAUAAUUCGCUUCAUAUAUCUGUUAUUUUGAUUCAUUGGAAAUGUUUAGUCUGUAUUGAUUGUUGUGACUGCUUGGUUGUUUAUGUUGUUACAGUUGCAGAGUCAAUUUUUUUAUCCAUUAAAGGUAGAAUUUA